AUGCAUGGUGUAGACAAGGCAGCAAUAUUACUUCUAGCACCUGCCAUCGCCCACGGACUGCCCGCAACAGCCAUCUCUGACCUUCCAAGCACGGAGUCUGGAGAGCAUGCUGUUGUUUUCAGGAUAGAUACUGGCGCAGUCAUUGUCCGAUUCCAAGUACCAUGUGCUGGGUGCGACCACGAUCCAUGGCCAAUUGACCUAGUGACUCAAAGCGCCAGUGGAAUUUGCGAAGAUGUUGCUAUAUCUGUCAAUGGGCGAGACCUCGAACAUCGCUGGCAUGGCAACACAUCCUGGGGUUCAGGUGCGAUACCUGCGAGUCCAUCACAAUACCGGGGCAGUGAGAUGUCUGCCAAAUGGCAGUCCAAAUGCAUGAAACUUCCGUUAGAAGCUCCGUCAGGGGGGAGCAUUCAUGCAUUGACAAUGUUUCUCAACAAUGGCACGUCCAGCUCUCAAGAUCACGUCGGCUUUACGAUAUCAUUUACGCUCUCAGACCAGAUUGAGAUGCGUCGGCUUUCUAACUGGCCCUUACGUUUGAGUGACGAGUUGGAAUGGGAAACGUGGGUAUAUUCGUAUAAUGCAGAAGGGGGGUCCGAGUUACAAACCUUUCAACACGAUGUCCAGGAGUCGCAACACUUGAUGACAUUACAAGACGAGAGCCGGAGAUCAACAUCGCACACAAACUCAUAUCAACACCAGAAGCGUGAAAACGGAAUCCUCGGCGUGGAAAUCCCUGCCGACUAUCCUACCAGGAAAUUCGCCCGCAAUUGUGCCAUUGCCUUUCUUAUAAUCCUCACCAGUUGCCUUUUAUUUCGCAUCAUCCGUCGCUCAACCGCUUUCCGUCGACGCCGACGUGACAUUGCGUCGAGACACGAAGAACGAAGGGCUCGGCGAGCAUACAACAAUGCUGCGCGACGUCUCCGUUGGCGUCAGUGGUGGGAAGGGAGCAGUAGGUCAAAUUCGGAUACGCGAAGCGUCAGGUCCAGCCACUCGCUGGCUGAACUUCAACAUCCUACUACAGACCAUCUCCAACACAAUCCAAGCGACCACCACAGCCACCACGGCGACCAUAGAUAUAGCGAUGUCGACGACGACGGAGACGAUUACGACUCUUUUUUGGAAGAUGAAGAUAAUAAUAACAUGGGAGGAGGAAUGAUGCGGGACGAGAUUCUCGGGUUGCGUCGGGUGCUGGAAUACGUUGGUGAACUAGUUGGCAAUGAGAGUUCAUCUGUUUCUCGUCGCAACAAUCGCUCACGUUCGCGCUCAAGACCACCCCCGCGGUACGAUGAAUUGCACCAGUCGCCUCGAGCGAGUACAAUGUUUAGCCUUGACACCAGGUCGUUGGCUACUUUGGACACGACGGAUUCGGAAACGGCGCCUCCUUCAUAUCACGCGUAA